AUGCUGGAGCAGCGGAUCACCCAAUUUGAGUUCAUCUGGUCAACUGUAUUCCCCGAUGUGUCCUUGACGGAUCUCGAAGCUCUGGCUCACGAGAUUGGGACCGAGCUCGCGAUUUCCAGCUUGAAUCUGAGGCCCUCAACACCCUCGCGACUGGCCCAGCGAUCUGAUGCGAUCAAUGCCAUUCAAUCCCCCCGUGAUCCUCCGCGACCGGAUCUUACCUCCGCGAUCUAUGUUGAAGAUCCUCUGCCACCGACCAGACUCGGAUCGCCAUCCACAUUGCCUCUUAAAUCUGCGUAUGACUAUCAGGACCAUGUCUCGCCAGGUUCAGACUCUUACUCGUGGCAUGAGGGAGGCCCCGAACCCGCUAACCUUCUGGACGGCAUGGGAGGUGACUCUCGCCCUCUUCAUAAGGGCUCUUCAUUUUUGGGUUUGUCAUCGAGCGCGACGUUCCUCAGUGCCAUCGAAAGAUUGUCCAAUCCCAACAAGACACCUCUCGAACCGAACAGAGAUCUCUCGUCGUGGAAUCUAGCGGACGGCUUCUCUUCUCCUUACGACUCCCUCUCAUCUCAUAUCUCGCCUCGAGGGGAAACCAAGGUAGCGAGAGAAGGCACCAAAUUCCGGAUGCUGCAAUGGUCAGAAGUCGGUCCACUGGUGGAGAGCUAUUUCAGAUACUUUCAUCGACUGACGCCGAUCGUACAUGAACCAACAGCUCGAGCGCAGAUGCUGGGUGCCUUGUCCAUGUCGCCUGGAGCGGGACCAUCUGUGCUCUUCAACAUGAUUUUCGCUAUGGGGGAGCUUGAGAAGGCGGAGAAGGAGUCGGAUCCGAUCGGCUCCAAGUAUUACCUUCAAGCAAGACUCGCCUUACAGCAAUCUUUCUUGGAGGAGGGUAGUGUCGAACUCGUGCAAGGUCUGGCCAUUAUGGCCAUCUAUCUCCAGCAUACGAAUCGUCCCAACGCAGGAUAUCUGUGCCUGGGUUCGGCAAUUAGGAUGGCCAUAGCCUUGGGCCUGCACUUGCCCGCCAAAACACUUCAAAAGUCCACGUCUCUUCUGCGUUCAGAGAUCCGACUCCGCGUGUGGUGUUGUUUGGUUACACUGGAAGCUGGAUGUUCGAUCACCUUUGGUCGUCCGCAUGGUGUGGGUACAACAAUGAUAUCAAGCCGACAGAUGCCGGUUAAUUGCGAUGACGAGCGUCUCACUGUCAGCACUACGGAAAGACCUGAUGAUAAAGACGAGCCGACAGUCUAUUCCGCAUUGAUCGUGCAGGCUCAUCUCGCCAAUGUCACGUCUCAGAUAUAUUCUCGAAUAUUGCAUUCGGAGAAGGCCCCUACCAUUGAGCAGAUACAAUGGUGUGAUCGACUAAUAAUGAAUACCAUGGCUGAGGUCCCUGCCAACAUUAAAACGCCUCGAGUUGGUCCCAAUCAAUUGGCGCUUUUCGUGCAAGAAUGGCGGAUCAGGGAUCAGCGUGUCAUUUUGUACCGGCCGGUCCUCUUAGCCGCUGCAUGGGCAUCUUGGCAUUAUUCUUUCACGGAUCCAGCCGUAGCCAGUUGCGUCCAACUUUCACGGGAGCUGGCGAUGGCGAACAUGCACAGCACUGGAGAAUGCCUCCGCACGGCUCAGCUGCCUGUUCAGAGGGAAACGGAAUGGUAUGCUCUGUACUUUGGCUACCAAGCGGCUCUUACGGUCCUUCUGUCGUUGGUUUGGGAACCGAUGCACACUGAGGCGGUUUCCUGGAAGGCAGCGUUAAUGAAGGCGACUUCUUGGUUCCGAGAGCUUUCCGCUAUGCGACAACUCGGCCAAACAUAUGCGUCCCGCAUAGAGCAGCUCGUCUCGCGAGCGAUUGUUCAAAGUUAUCCCAAUAAGUCGCCUAUCGCCACUCAACCUGCAAAUUGGGCUGAUCUAUUUGAUACAUUCCAAGUCAAUUUUGAUCAUGACACUGCAUUGCGAGUACAGUCUGCUCUUCGGGACUGA